CCAAAGAUCAUUACAAAAAAACACACACGCAAUGUCUCUUCGUAGUCUCGCACUAGCCUUGUUUUUUCUUGUCCUUCGUUUCGGAUCAUUUUCGUGCAACAAAGCUGAGCGAACCUGUGAAGACAAUGAACCGUUUACGUGUAAUAACACUGAUGCUUUCAACAGAGAGAGCUUCGAACCUGACUUCCUCUUCGGCGUGGCGUCCUCUGCUUACCAGAUUGAAGGGACGGAAGGUAGAGGACUUAAUAUUUGGGAUGGUUUCACUCAUCGAUACCCAGCAAAAGGAGGACCGGAUCUGGCUAACGGUGACGUUGCAUGCGGGUCUUACAGGCAUUAUCAGAAAGAUGUUGAUUUAAUGGCUGAUAUUGGAGUCAACGCUUACAGAUUCUCUAUCGCAUGGUCGAGGAUAAUUCCGAGAGGAAAGGCAAGUCGAGGAGUUAAUGAAGAAGGCAUCGCGUACUACAAUAGACUCUUAGACAGCCUUGAAGCAAAGGGGAUUACACCUUUUGUCACACUCUUCCAUUGGGACCUUCCCCAAACUCUACAAGAUGAGUACGAAGGUUUCUUGGAUCGCCAGAUCAUAGAGGAUUACAAAGAUUACGCAGAGAUCUGCUUCCAGAGAUUUGGUAACAGAGUGAAGCACUGGAUCACGAUAAAUCAAAUUUAUACGAUCCCGACAAGGGGUUAUGCGACGGGAACCGAUGCACCUGGUCGAUGUUCAUCUUGGCUUAACGAAAAUUGUUACGCCGGAGAUUCAGGAACCGAGCCCUAUAUCGUCGCACACAAUCUCCUUCUUGCUCACGCGGCGGUGGUCGAUCUAUACCGGAGCAAAUAUCAGAAAAUCCAAGGAGGGCAAAUUGGAAUUACAAUGAUAACCAGAUGGUUUAUUCCUCGGGAUAAUACUGACGAAAGUCUUAAAGCCACCGAAAGAGCCCAAGAAUUCUUCCAUGGAUGGUUUAUGGACCCUUUAACAAAGGGUCGUUACCCACGGAUCAUGAGGGAAAUUGUUGGGGAUCGUCUACCAACUUUCAAUGAAACAGAAGCAUUGCUUGUGAAGGGAUCGUAUGAUUUUCUUGGCAUCAACUAUUACAUUACCGAAUAUAUUUACAGUAUCGAGCCAAAUCCUCCGCACAGGCUCACCGUGAUGAACGACUCGCAAACAGGAAGAUCAUUAAAAAAUGAAUCGGGUCCGAUAGGUCCAUUGUUUGGAAAAGACUCUCGCUACCAUCCAAGAGGCAUUCUAAACGUUCUCGAGUAUUUCAGGGAUAAAUAUGAUAAUCCAACGAUUUAUAUAACCGAAAAUGGGUUCCGAAGCCACGCGGAAUCAGUCAAGGAAAUCCUUCGUGACUCUGACAGGAUCAACUAUCACUGCAGUCAUCUUUGUUUUCUCCGAUCAGCCAUCGAGAGCGGCGUCAAAGUGAAGGGAUACUUUGCGUGGUCGUUCCAAGACAACUACGAAUUCUGCGACGGUUAUACCAACCGUUUCGGGCUGAGCUAUUUCAAUUUCGAGACGAUGGAUAGAAUGCUCAAAGAUUCGGGAAAAUGGUUCCGAGAUUUCUUGGGCCAGAAGAAAAGUAUCGCUCCCGAGAUUCAGGAUCUCGGCCUCUCGAGGCGUUUCCCCAAGGAACGUGGGAUGGUAGCCGAAAUGUGACAGCGCAGAUAAAAAAAAAAGGAUCGGCUAAGUUAAGAGUGAUCUUCUUGUUAUUCAUCUCCUAUUAUACAUAAUGUAGGAGAUAUAUAUAUAAAUUAAAAAAGAGGGAAAAUAAAAGAAGAUCGUGUGUGAUGUCGUAAUGUCUGAGUUUGUUUCUAACGUAACGUCUAUGGUGUGCGGUCUAUAUGUAAUGCAGUGUGCUGUGUUUGUUUAAAGAGAUAAAUAUAAAAAAAAAAUUAUGGUUUA